AUGGCUUCAUCACCACUACCAGACCACCCUUUGAGACCUGCUUCCCCUUCACAUCAACAAAAUAUGAAGACGAUGGACCGCCUCGUCGAUGAUGAUAUGAAAAUCAUCUGCGAUGGCAGAACAUUUUUGGCUCAUAAGGUCGUUGUGUGUUCGCGAUCGGACUGGUUCAAGGAUGCCUGUAAAGGGGAUGUGAAGGAGUCCAGUGGAGAAAUUAAUCUAGAAGACAAGGAUGCCAUACUGAUUCAAGUGGUGCUGGAAUUCAUCUACAAAAAUAAAUACAGCUUGGACGGCGUGGCCCAAGAUGUAUGCACACCAGCCGACGAGACUUCCCCAAGCUUCAAUCAGUUUGGUACGAAGAGGAGAAAAUCAAUUAUGCCUGCAAAUGAACCCCCAGUCAAGCGCCUGAGGCCGACAUCGGCGGACUUUGACUUCCCGCAAAGAGCAAAGAGUCCAGAAAAAACCAAAGAUAUGAACCUGAAUGCUCAACCGGGGUCUAGAAACUGGCCGCCUUUGUCCACCUGUCCAGCUAGUUAUUUUCAUGCCAGAGUGUUUGCAGAAGCCGACUACUUCAUGAUCCAUGAGUUGAAGCAGAGCGCCAAAGAGAAGUUUUCCCUCGCUCUGGACACAUGCGAUAUCAAAUGGCGUUUGGAACUUCUCAUAGUGGAAUUGUGGUCCCAAAGAGCUGAUUAUCAAGACCUGCAAAAGAUUCUCAUGAAUGCCAUUCGGCUUCGUGGAGGAAGUCUACACGAUCUUUUCGUUUACCUCGAUCGGCAAUUUCUUCAGUCCGUCCCUCAAUUCACAGCAGAUGUUUGUUGGGAAUAUAUGAAAGCAGAACGUCAUUUCGGCAGUCUAUCCAGAGCACCCCCUUCGUAG